AUGGCACCUUCGACUUCAGCACCAAGAGUGUCAGAAAAAAUGAGUCAAUUUUGGAGCGGCGUGAUCGAGUGGAAGCGUCUGACCAAGGCUGGUGGAAAUAAGCUCGCCCUGCUCAACUGCACCUUGUUGGCUGCUAAGAGAGUCACCGACAAUCUUAACGUGAAGGCCUGGCCGAAGACCUUGCAACUACACCUAGUACCAAAACUAGCUUUCGAUAGAAUUGGAUUAAUACGUUACCUGAGCAGUAGACGGGCGGUCGUAUUCGUAUUCAGAAAUAGUAAAGUACGGGAUGAGCUCACUAUUGCCUUUGAGAAGGGCAUGGUUGGCUGUGUCAAGCUCUCUCCCCCACCUGACUGUGAUAUUAAAAUGAUUAUCCUCUUUUAUGACAACACUAGAAAACUCUUCUUCGGUGUGAUACCUGAAAAUCAAGACGAGGUCAUAAGUCCUAUAUUCAGGAAGUCGUGGAAGGGUAAGAGAAUCUUGCAAAUAGCUGGGAGCAGUUUCAACCUGGUGAACUUCAAAGUUUUUUACGAGAAUUGUUGUGGAAGAACAUAUCUUUGGUACAAGGGGUUUUGGUAUCGAAAAUACAAGGAGUCGGGAGCUACUAUUUGGUGGGUUUGCUACAAAAGAUCGUCUCUGAAGUGUACCGGUUCCAUCAUCACAGACGCUGGCGAGCUGGUCAAGACUGACCCUCGGCACACUCACGAGAAGAACGUUUGGCAGAAAGCUUUCCAUGGUCUCCUGAGCUGA